AGUGUUAUGGCUGAAUGGGGAUUUGAACAGAAGGCAACUUGGCUUGGGCCUCAUCAUGCUCAGAGGAGGCCUCUCAUUGAGACACUUGUUAAUUUGUUGGUGCCUUCUUUUGUUUCCUUGUGUUGCCUGGCAACAGUCCAGAUUGGGACCACAGAGGGGGAAAGGCUCCAGUCUCUCUCCCCCAACACUGCAACCCCGAUCCUGAUCCAUGGUGGCUGCUGUUUCUUCUGCAUGAUCCUCACCGCACAUUGAGAUCAUCAAGAGAGUAGUGCUUCGUGGCCACAGGACAAACACAUUGCUUUCAGGAAGUAGUUUUUGCUGCAUUGUCCUCUGAAGGACUCGAGAGUCAGCUAAGCUGAAAGAUGAGGACAAGCAAAAAGCUCUCGGUUGAGAUAGCUGUAACAGUUGUGGAGGUCAGUGCCAGUUAAUUGUGUCGGGUCCUCUUUCCGGCUGAAGUCAAAGAUCUAUAGCAGAAGACGAGUGAUCGGACUCAGUAUAAGCCAGUUUCCUGUGUUCCUGAGGAGAAGGGAAGGGGUGAGGCACUCAGCAUCUGAAAUCCUGCUCCAGGCUCCCCUCCCAAAUGAAGUUCAGCAGCCUAGUUCAGGAAGAGAAAGCUAGCCUGAAAAGCAGACUGGAAGAUUUGGGCUAAUCCAAAAAUCAGUAUUUUCUUAGAGGAAUCUAGCCUGUGUUCUGAAUAAGUAUGAAAAUGUCAAGCAAGCUUCCUAAAUAAGAUAUUUGGGAAAUGGGAAGAGUGUGUCUUCAGGCACCUGGGAAGCAGAGGAACAGCUGCCAGUUUAGAGGACGAUAUUUUCAGACAGGCUGAUCUUACCAGACGGCUGGGAGGCAGAUCCACGCUCGAACUGUUACCUGCUGCUUGUGAAUUCCAGCCCAGCUCUUGCAGGCAUGGACCAGUGGCUGGGCGUGGCUUGAAGGGGCCAAUGAGAGCCCUCGGACAGGGAUUCCUGUUGGAGGCAGACUAUUCAUAUAGGCAGCCAGCGAGCCCUGGGAAGUUUCUGCUCGUCGCUGGACAGGCGGCUGCUGCUGCUGCUGCUGUUGUCAUCACCCUCGCAAGAAGAGGCCGGGUGCAGGACGGGACUGAGGACGCUCAUCAUCCACACUGAGAACCAUCACACACCCGCCCACACCCUGCAAUGGCUGCAAUCAACGGGGCCGUCGAAAAUGGGCAGCCAGAGAAGAAAAUGCCCCCGACGCUACCUCAUCCUAUUAAGAACCUCGAGAUCAAAUACACCAAGAUUUUUAUUAACAAUGAGUGGCAUGAAUCAAAGAGUGGAAAGAAAUUCCCUACCUACAACCCUUCAAAGCCUGACAAGAUUUGUGAUGUGGAGGAAGGCGACAAGCCUGAUGUGGAUAAAGCCGUGGAGGCAGCAAGAACCGCCUUCCAACGAGGGUCUUUAUGGAGACAAAUGGAUGCCGUGAGCCGGGGAAGGCUGCUGAGCAAACUGGCUGAUCUCAUCGAGCGCGACAGAGUGGUCUUGGCAACCUUGGAAACGAUGGACACAGGGAAGCCUUUUCUCCAAGCUUUCUUCAUUGACCUGGAAGGCUGCAUAAAGACUCUCCGAUACUAUGCUGGGUGGUCCGAUAAAGUCCAGGGGAAGACGAUCCCUGUGGAUGAAAAUUUUGUCUGCUUCACCAGACAUGAGCCGGUGGGAGUUUGUGGGGCCAUAACACCGUGGAACUUUCCAUUGCUUAUGCUGAUUUGGAAGAUGGCACCAGCCCUGUGCUGCGGGAACACGUUAGUAGUCAAACCAGCUGAGCAGACACCCCUCACAUCACUGUAUAUUGGCUCUUUAAUAAAGGAGGCGGGCUUCCCUCCGGGCGUGGUGAACAUCGUACCAGGAUACGGCCCUACUGCUGGGGCUGCAAUUUCUACCCAUCCAAAUGUCGACAAAAUAGCGUUUACGGGAUCAACAGAGGUUGGAAAGUUGAUCAAGGAAGCCGCUUCAAAAAGUAACCUCAAGAGAGUGACGCUAGAGCUGGGGGGAAAGAACCCUUGUAUUGUCUGCGCAGAUGCUGACUUGGACUUGGCUGUAGACUGUGCACACCAAGGAGUCUUCUUCAACCAGGGCCAGUGCUGCACAGCUGCCUCUCGGGUCUUUGUGGAAGAGCCGGUCUACCCGGAAUUUGUCCGGCGCAGCGUGGAAUAUGCCAAGAAGCGGCUGGUGGGGGACCCAUUUGACGCCAAGACCGAGCAAGGGCCACAGAUUGACCAAAAGCAAUUUGACAAAAUCUUGGAGCUGAUAGAAAGUGGGAAGAAAGAAGGGGCCAAGCUGGAGUGUGGCGGCUUAGCCGUCGGAGACCGAGGCCUCUUCAUCAAGCCCACCGUUUUCUCUGAGGUCACAGACAACAUGCGGAUUGCCAAAGAGGAGAUUUUUGGACCUGUGCAGCCCAUCAUGAAGUUUAAAAGCAUAGAAGAAGUCAUACAGAGAGCCAAUAGUACAGAAUAUGGACUUACAGCAGCUGUAUUUACAAAGAACUUGGACAGAGCCCUGACAUUAGCAACGGCAUUGGAGUCUGGGACAGUUUGGAUCAACUGUUACAACUCUCUCUUUGCUCAAGCUCCCUUUGGUGGCUUUAAAAUGUCAGGAAAUGGCAGAGAACUUGGUGAAUAUGCUCUGUCUGAAUACACAGAAGUGAAAACAGUCACCAUUAAACUGUCCCAGAAGACUCACUGAGAGACACCAGGAGACCUAAAAUUCUGACAAUCUGAAUGUUGAUACAUAUGUGCUAAAAUGUGGGGAGAGAAGGAAGCAGAUCUGCUUUUUUUUUAAAAAAGAAGAAUCAACAAAACCACCACAUUAUUUUACUCUAGCAGGAUGCUGUUUAGAAAUCUGUUUCAGUGGCAAAUUACUAAUUGGUUUCCUAAAAUGGAUUUGGUAUGACGAGUUAUGCUGGUUGAGUAACAACUUUAAACCGAGGGUGGGCAGAAAGGAGACCUCUGAGUGAUUUGCACUGCGGUACUUUGGUGGGAUUUCUGCCAUGGCUGGUCUUGGGGAUUAUUUCUCGGCCUCUGUGGUCCUCUCUUAUUAAACAGGAGUCCUAAUCAGCUCCCUUUGACCAGAUCUUUGUGCAGGUCUGUGGGCCAGUUUGGGAGUUCUGCCCAGCCUACAGCUGGCACCCGACUGGUGGACCUUGAGGCUCUAAUAAAGGAGAUAGAGCAAGCUUGAAAUCUGCCCACCCAGACUUCAACUCUAAAAGCAUCCAUGCAAUUUGGCCACGCUUCCCACCUGGUCUAAAUUGUUCCAGCAAACUGGAACCAGCCGCAGUCACUAAAACACGCCUUCUGGACCUUUUUGUCCGUGUUCCGUUAAGAAAACAAAAUCUGUUUCUCAAAGCACUUUGUCCAAAUCUAUGGUCAGCCUCAUUCACCUGGACACACCCGGGUGUGUGUGUGUGUAUGGGACCGAAGCACUUGAACCGUGCUGAUGAAUUAGGGUUCCUAGCCCUCCAGGAAUUGGCAUCCAACUCCAGGAAAGAUUGAAAAGCAGCUCUGGAGCUGCAGCAGCUUGAUAUCUGAGCAAUAUUGGGGAAUGCCUCACCCACAGGCAAGACAGCAAAAUAGAACCACAGGACUUCUGUGCCCCUGUGCAGACAUUCCAAAAUAAGUGAAUGUUGGAAUGUCUAGGGCAUUCCUAGAAACAGGGCACAAGUAAUCCCUUAUUAGGGUUGCCAGCUUGCCAAACAUGACUCUGUUUCUCCAUCCUUUUAUCCCCCCCUCCCCCGCUUCUUUCUCAGGUGAAUAGGUGGCAAAAUUAAACAUUGUGAGGCUUACUUGUGUGUAAACAUGCAUAGGCUUGCACUGUACAGCUGCAAUCCUUGACUUACUAGGAAGCAAGUCCUAUUGAAUGUAGCAGGACUUACUUCUGAGUAAACCUGUAUGAAUUGUGCUGUAACUGACUGCAUCUUUUAAAAUUGACAGAAUCCUAAUGCCAUCUGGAACAUUUGAUCUAUUUUUUGUGGCUGGUAUUUUUAAAAAUCAAUUUCAUCUUUUUUCCCAAUCAGAUUUGUGUUAUGUCUUGUAAUUUCUUACUGUAACAGGGUUUAAACUUGUUCUUUUGUAUACACUGAACAUUUCAACAUUGUAUAUUAAAAUAGCAUUAGGCACUAAUUGUAAAAUAAGCCGUGUAGAGCCUUUAUAUUUCAUGGCAUGUUAGCGCUUUUUUUUGCAAUGAAAUAUUACUUAAAAUUGUUUAAAUAUAUGAAUUUUAUAUAUAAAUAAAUAUAUAUUUAUAAAUUAGGAUGCAAUUAAUCUAAUGUAUUUUUAUUGCAACUGUACAUGCAAAUGUUAUGCCUUUUUAAAAGGUAUAUCUCUCUCUUGUAAUAUUAGAUCUAUGGUUCUUAAUUAAAAAUGCUCUGAUUUUUGUGA